AUGCGUUCAACCGUCUCUCUUUUGACGUCUCUCGUUUCAUUCCUCAGCGUUCAUGGCGCCGCUGCCCUACCAUCACUGGAUCUGACGCGUGAUGCUCCAAGUCCAGGAUGUGUCCAUAGUGCCUCCAACAGAUCUUGCUGGACUGAUGGAUUUGACAUUUCGACCAACUACUACGAGCACGUCCCGGAUACUGGCGUUGUGCGAGAAUACUGGUUCAACAUCGAAAACACAACAGCCGCGCCUGAUGGCGUUGAGAUGCCAGUGCAGCUCAUCAACGGCUCGUUCCCGGGUCCGACCAUCAUCGCUGAUUGGGGCGAUACCGUUAUCGUGCAUUUGACAAACUCGCUGCAGACGAAUGGAACCGGUCUUCAUUUUCACGGCAUCCGCCAGAACUGGACGGACCAAAUGGACGGUGUUCCCAGUCUUACGCAAUGCCCAAUCGCCCCCGGCGACUCGUACACGUAUAAGUGGCGAGCGGUGGAGUAUGGAACCGGCUGGUAUCAUUCCCACUUCUAUGUCCAGGCCUGGGAUGGUGUCUUCGGGGGCAUAGUCAUCAAUGGUCCGGCUUCGAGCAACUACGAUGUGGACCUCGGCCACCUUUUCCUGCAGGACUGGUACCACCAAACUGCGGACGAGCUCGUCUCUCAGGCAGCGACGGGUGGCCCACCCACAGCCAUAAAUGGACUGAUUAACGGCACCAACACCUACAACGAUACUUUGGGUUCUCGAUUCGAGACUGUUCUCGAGGCGGGGAAGAGAUAUCGCAUUCGCCUGGUCAAUGCUGCGGCAGACAAUCAUUUCCGUUUCAUGAUCGACAACCACACGAUGGAGGUCAUUGCCAAUGACUUUGUUCCCAUUGUGCCCUACAACACCACGGACCUCAGCAUUGGAAUGGGCCAACGGUAUGAUAUCAUUGUUGCCGCCAAAGACAUCGAGAGCGGCGACUUCUGGCUGCGCGCGAUUCCGCAGUCAUCGUGCUCCGAAUCCGAUGCCACCGACAACGUUAAGGGAAUCAUCCGCUACGAUAGCUCGUCGACUUCCGAUCCAACCACCUCAGCCUACAGCUACACUGACUCGUGCUCUGAUGAGUCACCCUCGAACCUCGUUCCUUACAUUGCCAUCGACGCUACUGACAGCUUCGUGGACGGCGACAGCCAGGAGGUCGGCGUCCAAGUGACGGACAACGCGCUGCUAUGGACAACCAACAAGACAUCGAUGCGCACGGCAUGGGAGUACCCCACCCUGAUGCAGGUAGCUGAUGGCAACACAACGUGGACUCGCAAGCAGCAAGUGAUCCAAUUCGACCAAGUUGACGAGUGGGUGUACAUUGUUGUCCACUCUCCCUUUGCCCAGGACCACCCUAUGCAUUUACACGGUCACGACUUCUGGGUCCUCGCCUCUGGCUACGGCAACUUUGACUCCACCCAGACCAAUGCCUUGCAGCUGGUGAACGCUCCCCGCAGGGACGUUGCCAUGAUGCCUGCAAGUGGUUAUCUGGUCAUCGCCUUCAAAACGAACAACCCCGGCGCCUGGCUUAUGCACUGUCACAUUGCUUGGCAUACGUCGGAGGGUUUCGCGGUGCAGGUGCUCGAACGUCCAUCGGAGAUUUCGAUCGACCAGGAAGUGCUCAACCGCACCUGCACGAACUGGAAGAAUUAUGUUGCUGCUCAGGAUGUCACUCAGUACGACUCCGGCGUGUAA